CUACAUCGACUUCUCUGCUUCCUCUUCCUGCUGCUCGGCGACGUCUGCGACUGCGGCUGAUGUUUGUUUUGGUUUGCUUCGGCCUUCUCGUUUCGUUUACAGAGGCAGCAAAGCAGCAGUUCAGUUCAGUUCUCAAGCUUUUUUUCACGCAUGAAAAUUGCAAACAUUCGCUCGUCUGCUCUUCUUGUGUACAUACCAGGGAAAAGUCGGAAAAAUCGAUCGGUCGGUCGGUUAGUGUGAAAACGUCACCCACAGAGACGGCAGGCCAGGAUAUGUGAGAGCGAUAUAAUAGGGAGUGCAAAAUUCGAUCCAGGAAGAAAAGCUGCUGGUAGCAGGAAACAGGAAGCAGGAUUUUUCUUCUGUUUUCAAUUGCGAUUGUCCAAUGGACAAAGUUGUAGGAAAAGUUAUGACCGUGUUAAGUAUCUGCUAGAGGAAAUUCACUGCUAUUAAAUAUAGUUAUAAAGGAUUGACAAAGCGGUUGGGCGAAACAGCAAUCGAUUACCUAGUGAGUGCCUGCCCUGCUGUGUACGGAUGUUGAUUGCGGUAGAAAAUGAAUAUUGUUACUGCGAACGGGGUGGCAACUGUUCUCCCUGAAGCCAGAUCGACUGGAACUAGGUAAACAGCUGCUAUCCGAUGACCACGAUUACGUUACGAAACGGCUUCAGCGCUCCAGCACAUCAUCAUAAAACAAGAUUCUUUCUUGUAAUGAUGCGUCUAAACCUGAAGUUUCUGCUGAUAUGUCUGUGCUUCGCCGUGUUUCUGAUCACGUUCACACUGUGGACGAACUGCGGCGGGGAUCUGCCGUUCGCCCGUGGUCUCGUUCCCAAGUGGAGCCAUCGAUACGAGAAUGAUAACCAGCUAGAGCUCACGGAGGAAAUCGAUUGUGUCAUCAAUCAGGAGUAUACGAUCGGCUGCCGGCGCGAAGGUGAUGAAGUGUACCUGCCAUUCUCGUUUCUAAGCAAGUACUUCGAGGUGUACGGUUCGCUUAACUCGGUGGAUGGAGUGAAACGAUUCGAUUGGUCGCACAGCUAUGGGAAGGUCAAUCAGCCCAAGGGCCGAUACGACCCGAAGGGUAUUUUUAUGUACUUCGAAAAUUACAACGUUGAAAUGAGGGACCGGGUGAAGUGUAUCAGUGCCGUGGAAGGUGUUCCCAUUUCGACCCAGUGGGAGAGCCAAGGUUACUACUAUGCAACGCAGAUUGCACAGUUCGGACUGUCACAUUAUAGUAAGAAUUUGACGGAACCGGAACCGAGACGAAAGAUACUGGAGGAUGGUGACAAAGAGUUGGCCGAGUGGAGAGUUCCGAGGAAUAGCUCGCUGAGCAGGUCGUACGUGAAGGAUAAGGAUACGACGGUGGUGCAUUUUUCGACCGGUAAACACUUUGAUAGUGCAGUUACGCUCCCGAUGGACCACGUGUUGGAUUUGGUGCUAAGCGUGAACCUGCUGUUGCGACCGAAUUCCAGUUUUACGGUUACGUUGCAAAAUCGGGAAACGCAAAAGUUGUACAAUGUUAUAUAUAUUUUGGCCGAUCUGAUGAUCAGCGUGCAGGAUGACAAUAUCUACUACGGUAUUGGGCAAAACAAUACGUCAAGCUGGCGGAGGCUGACCCGGGAUCUGUUUGUGGAUUUACAGAAGGGUCUUCCGCAGUAUAUUAAUACGGAGAAACGGCGCAAAAUGCGCCGAACGGAACUGAAGGUAGUGGAGAUUUCAUUUCUUGGAAAUGGUAGCUUUGAUAAUUUGACGCUGUCGACCAGCGAACAUAUUAGUCAUUUUUACGAUGCCGCUGAGUGGUUUAUACGUCAUCAAGAUCCGACUACCGGCGGGUGGCCUAUUCCUGUGCGGCGAAAGCUAGGCGUUGGUUUUGGCGAGCUGUCACGCGGAUGGUACUCAGCGAUGUCGCAAGGUCAUGCUAUUUCACUGCUAGCCAGAGCAUACUAUCAUUCGCAGGGUGAUGGACGGUAUCUGAAGGCAGCACUGGAUGGGCUGAAACUAUUUCGGAUACCUUCCUACCAGGGUGGAGUACUGGCGACUUUCCUCGGGAAAUAUGCCUGGUAUGAGGAGUAUCCGACCACUCCGCCGUCGUUUGUGCUCAACGGAUUCAUCUACUCGCUGCUGGGGUUGUACGAUCUGAAUUCGACAGCGCCGGCUAACCUUUCGCACGAAGCAGCCGCCCUGCUGGGCCAGGGCAUGAUUUCGCUGAAAAAGAUGCUGCUGCUGUUCGAUACCGGAUCCGGUACCAGUUACGAUUUGAGGCACUUCACUUUGGGCAUUGCACCAAACCUGGCCCGAUGGGACUAUCACGCGACACACGUCAAUCAGCUUCUGCUGUUGGCCACCAUCGAUUCGGAUCCGCUGAUUUCGCAGACGGCUGAACGGUGGAAAAACUACAUGCUCGGAAAGCGAGCUCAACAUAAUUAGCUCAGCCCAAGUAAGUACUUAACACCGAGUCAAUGUGUCGGUCAAACAAAAAAUCGUAAGCAAACAAAUGGCUCUUCCUCUUCCUUCUAAUGCCUUACACAACCACACACAGACACAUACACACAAACAUACACUACGCGCCGGCGUGCGCGGGGUAUAAAAUGUCGACUUAGGAAUAACAACAUUUGAUAAGUUGCAGGAUUUUAAACUCUCUACCGAGUGUUCUCAGCCACAUAAACACAUUGUGAAUAAUAAUAAUCAAGUGAAGUUUUAACAAACGAUCAACUUUAAAGACAAAUGUAAGACGAAGACGAACGCCUUUUUCUUCUUGUGUUUUACCCGAUAGUAAUCAGUAGGAGAACCUCCAGCGUUCUGAACCAUUACAAAACAAAAGAACCAUUGGAAAAAUCGAUAGAUGUUAUCCGAAGUAAACACUGUCUAAUUGUGUACAAACUGGAAUAACUACAUUUUCAAACGAAUACACAAUACACCGUCGUAAUGUAGUAGAUUCACAGAUAGUAGCAUGAUAGUAGUUAGCCUAUACACGGUCGUGGUUUUAUAGAGUAUUAGACUAGAAAAUAAAAAAAAACUGGAAAUGAUAGUGAUUGUGAUUGUUACUGUUGCCGAUAUUCUUAAAAGGCAUCUUCUGUAGUAGACUUCGAUCAGUUUUGGUAACUACUAUGGAAUAGGUUUGAGGUCGAACAUCCUGAAUCUAGGCUAACUAAUACGGCGAACCCCUGCUAGGUAGCUGUUUUAUAACAAAAGACCACUAAGAGACUUACUUUCUUGCCGUCGGUUGAAGGAGCUAAUUCGUUAAUUUAUUUUUGCUAAACGUAAUGCUAAACCAAUGCAAGGCUACGAACGGUAGUCAACCAACACAUCUGACGCCUACGUUAUCAGUUAUUGGCCGUCUCCGGAAACCGUCUCCUGUUAAGCAUAUCAUAAUUUAUUAACCAGUCUGUUUUUUGAUAAAGUGCAACUUUUCUAGAUAUAAGUUUGUUUUGAGCUUAAGCAGUCUAAUUUAAAUCUGUAACUAUUAAGCCUAAAGAAAAGACCUUGCUGCGAAAUAAAAUUGUUUAUAACCCGUUUAUGAUGCGAACCACACCACUUUAGAGAGCUUGUAAUAAAAUAAAUGCAGAAUAAUAAUUCUGAGUUAUAAAAAAAUCACACAUAUAUUUAUAAAAUAUGGCACAAAAAGUAAGAAUUGUUCGUCAAGGCACUGAUGGAACGAAACAGUUGUGAGAAGAAGUACGCUAACCGUUAGGGCUCGAGUGAAUUGGUGUAUGUAGUAGGAAAGUGUAGCGAAUUUUCUAUAAUUAAAUUAGGUUAUACCGUAAGGUUGCAGGAAAUAGGAAACAUAAAUUUUAAACUAUGUUUACCAUCUGAUUUGUUCGUUGAUUUUCACUACACUAGCUAUACGGAAUAUUCACAGUAAAAAAAGUUCCUUCAAAAAAGUCCAAUUGUAUCCAACCAUUCCUUAGAAAGUACAGUAAAGGACUAAUGAAGGAAAUGUCUAUUGCUACUAUUAUACUGUAUUUAUAGAAAACAAGGCAAGCUUUCUCACUCGAACAAGCGGUCCUAAUUGCAAGUUUCACUACACGUUGUAAUUGAAUUGUACUCAACAAAACGUAGAGAGUGACACUCGAAUUAGGGACCAACCCACAAAAUCUAAAAGACUGUCGAAAACUACGAACUACGUUCUACCCAUAAAACUACGGUUAAAAAAAUAACAAUUAUCUAAAUUUGAAUUUUCUUUCAGUUAAACUGAUUCUGUAGUCUGAGUAGAGAACGUAGGAAGUUUGUUUUUUUCUUUCGCUAUGUUGGAACUGUAACAAAUCUGUUGUAGCGUGUUAUAUCGGAGGACAAUAAAACUCUCUUAAACAAUACUGAUUGUAGAACUUAGUAAGAAUGUGUCGAAAAUAUCCUUUUCUAAAUAAAAAGAACCCGAAAAUAAGCUGACUAAAACGGCACUUUUCGAGAUUUCUUACGUUCAGUAGAUUUCGUGAAGAACGCCUAUAUUAUAGUGAACGGAAAUUGCACAGUAGCUCAUUGCUUAUUACCAAUACAGCAAGACAAAUGGAAAAAUAAGAAGAAUGGCAGCACAGAAUCAUUAAACUUAAAAUAUGCAAUAAUAUAACAACGUGCACAUUUCACAAAUUACGCCCACUCCUCUGAAAAAAAAACAUAAAAAAUAGGUACUUAAAGAUAGCCAAUGCUCUUCAAAAACAUACAAAUUAGUCAUAGAAAACCAUACAGUUAUUGAUUAUUUCGCGGUUUCAAACAGCAAUUUCGCGCCAUCAAAUCGAAUCAGUAAAUCGAAUCAGUUCUUCCUAGGAAAGCUUUUUCACACCACCCCAAACCAUACUGCUAGUAAAUCCGUAAAUCUGUAAACCUAAGUUGAGCAUCAUCCUGUGAGAACAUCUCGAUCCACCUCACCUUGCGGAACAUCAAAACCAAAUGCGGUUUUGUGAUGUUUAUCUGAAAAAACAACUACACAACAUUGCGGCUGUCUGUCUGGGUUCCUAGAGGAUGCUGAACGAACACUCGAAGAAAUGCCGAAACCGAUUUCCAGAUCAACCGAACAUAGUCAAUUGUAAACUAGGCUAGUAUUAGUAGGAACGGACACUUUUUUGAAAGCAAGAAAAAAAAUUAAGAAAAAAAAUAAAACCACGAUUUCUAAACAAUCAAAGCAAAGUUUGUAACUAUAUAACAUAUGACCACUACUACAACAGACAGUAAUAUCUAUACUUAGACUAAUUUGUAUUGAAAUGUAUGAUUGAAUAUUAGGAGGGGAAAAAAGCGGUCAAAUAGACACUUACAAAAGCUGGAACGAAACAACCAAUGAGCAGUGAACCCAAAAUGUUCAAAUCACUACCAAAUUCAUGAACACAUGUCAAUACCCAUACAAAGAUGAAAUAAUAAAAAAAAUGU